AUGAGCAGAUACCAAGGCUCACAAACCAGCCGCAGUCGAGAAAGAAUACCUACCUCCAAAAGUCAUUUGUGGGAGCCUGGUGCACCUCUCAAGGAAUUUCCGAAAUCUUCACGCCAAAAGGUGUUUAAUCCUCCUGACUACGACUCGUACUCCGACCCCUACAGCGAUGACGGGGAAUCUCUCACAGAUUAUCGGAGUGAGGGGUCCAUACGCCGUAGUUCAGCCAGGACAUCACUCCCUUCUCGAUCUUCUGGGUCAUCAAACAAACUCCGUCAAAAAGGACCUAACUCUUUGAGUGGAGUAUGCAACAAGGAUACAAUAUCGAAAGACAACACAGUGGGACAUGGAGCACAAAUGGAUGAUCUUCUUGCCAGUUUUGGCAGAAAGGCUAUGGGACUAAAGGAUGAGCUUCACUAUGGACAAACCAUUUCGAAAACCACUCUCGAAAUCCAACGUUCUAUGGAUAAUGAAGAAUUUGAAAGGAGAGCGCAAUCGAGACUCGACGAGAAAAAGAAGGAAGAAUCUAGUCGCCAAAAACGUAAAGUCUAUCGCUACCGAGUCACAGAUACCCACCACAGCCCGGUUGGAUACUUGAGUGAUAGCGUGGACGAGGAUGUGAUCGUUAGCACAGGCAAACCCGGAUAUGCACCACCCAGAACCGUACCGCGCCUCCAAUACGGAGACAAAGCAAGUGCAGCUAUGAGAUAUAUCCAGAGCAGCAAAAAAGAACACAAAGAACGAAAGACGACACCACAAUAUGCAUUAGAUAAGCAGAAUGGGGUACCUCUGGAUAUUCCUGAUGAGGACAGCGAAGGAUAUGAUAGUGAUUUAUCCAACGAUGAGUAUGAGGAUUUUGAUGAGAGACAUUACUUUUGA